ACUCGCUUUUUUCCGGGGAGCACUGCACUCUCAGAAGAAGCUUAAUGCUGAAGCAACUCCAAUAUUCUUCUCCCCACCACAGAAAGAAAAAACACAGACACACACACAAUAAGACCUCCUUCUUUUCCUCCCUCCCUCUCUCUCUCUCUCUCUUCUCUAAGUAUCUAUCACCACAUCUGCAACUCUUUCCAUAUUAUUCUGGUGAUUCACUUCUCCACCAAGAAGAAACGAGAGGAAGAUAAAGGAAGGGGAGGCAAAAAAAAGAAAGGGAAAGGAAGGAAAAGGAGAGGAAAGAGAAGCAAAUUAAGAAGAUGGUGUUUACUGGAAUUCCGGUUUUUUUAGAUCCACCCAACUGGCAGCAGGAUCAGCCGGGAGGGGGUGGUGGUUCUGCUGCUGCUAGAAGUGGUGGCGGAGGCAGCGUUUUGGUUGGUGGUACUGGUGGAUCUUCGGCUGCGGACAACCCUCCCGUACCGAUGCUUCAGAGGCCACACUCGGAAAUGGUUCCAACUACAGUCGGUGGCGCAAUCUCCGGCAGCUCGACGAGGCCGACCCUGAUGGCGGAACGAGCUCGGCUAGCUAAAGUUCAGCCGCCGGAUUUGUCCCUCAAGUGCCCUCGGUGCGAAUCGACUAACACCAAAUUCUGUUAUUACAAUAAUUACAGCCUCUCGCAGCCGCGACACUUCUGCAAGACUUGCCGCCGGUACUGGACUAAGGGUGGAGCUCUCCGGAAUGUCCCCGUCGGCGGCGGCUGCCGAAGGAACAAGAGGAGCAAGAACAGCAGCAACAACAAUAAUAGCAAUACCAACAGGUCUCGGGCUAUCGAGACCAGCAGCGCUACCAGUUCUGGUGGUGCAACUAUCAUCUCAUCCGGUAACUGCACCGGUGAGAUCAUUGGGAUCGACAACCAUCCUCCCCCACCUUCUAUGCUUCCUUUUCUUUCUACAAUUCAUGGCUUCUCGGACUAUAGCAAUGGGGGCACGGGUAUUGGAUUGGCCUUCCCGAGUCGGGAUUUAUUGUCGACCGGCGCCGGAAACUCCUUAGGUUUAGAUUUUAUGGCACCAAAUGAGCAGGCAGAAAACAGUAGCCUUGGGCAUUGGAGGAUGCAGCAGCAUUUUCCGGCACCAUUCUCAAGGCCUGAAGGUUUAGUCCACAUAGAGCCCCAGCUUCUGCUACCGUUUGAUGGGGAAGGAUUAGUGGAGCACCAGUAUCUUGGCACAGGCGCUUCUGAUCAGCUGAGAGGAAAGCCACCGAGCCAUUUGGGCAACAGCGGUGCCUCAAUUAAAAUGGAGGAUAAUCAGUCACAGAAUCUAGCAUAUUGGAAUGGCAACGGAUGGGGAGAUUUUCAGGAUUUUCCGUCCACAACAACCUCACUCUUGUGAUCCCAAUCUGACGGAGUAAACUUUGAUCUACUGAAUUACUGCAGGUGAUUACAGUCUGCACAUGACAUUAGGAGUUGGUGAUGUCUCAUAAGACAACAACGGCCUUGUGUUUAAAAGUAGGCAGCUUGGGUAUUUCAAUUAUGUUAAUUGUUGGGAUCUGUAGAGUAGAGAGGCUAUUUCUUUGUUUCUUUGUUUUUUCUGGUUUCCUUUUUCUGUGGUUGAACCGGGGAAAAACACAAAAUCCGUGGAAGCUGAAUAUAAGUAUGUAACAAGUUAGAAGUUAGCUAUUUUUUUUUUCCUUCGACUUCAAGUGUUGCUUUCAAUUUUGCAAUGAACAUCUCUCCUUUUCUU